AGAAACAUGGCCGCCAAGGGACUGGCUGUCGUGGACCACAGCGUGAGCGAAAGAAGACUCAGACCCGUUUAUGAAUGCCUGGACAAUGGGAACAACAAGAAGGCCAUCCAGGAAGCCGAGAAAGUGCUUAAGAAACAGCCUAACUUCCAUUGUGCAAAGGUGCUGAAAGGUUUAGGGCUGUUGCGACUGGGGCGGGAAGAAGAAUGCGAGGCAAUUCUCGAAGAAGUGAAGAAAGACCUCCCAGCGGAGGACACAACUCUUCAGGCCAUGUCCAUUUGCUAUAAGGAAAUGCAUCGAUUUCAGCAAAUCUGUGAGAUAUAUGAGGUGGCAGUGAAGAAGGAUCCAACAAAUGAGGAGUUCCUGUCACAUCUCUUCAUGUCCUAUGUGAGAACUGGGAAUUUCAAGAAACAGCAGCAGGUUGCCAUGAACCUUUACAAGUUGAAGUCUAAAAACCCAUAUUAUUUUUGGGCUGUUAUGAGCAUCGUUAUGCAGGCUUUCAGUAGUGAUGAUAGCAAGUUGGCUCAGACUGUGAGUCUUCCAUUGGCGGAGCGCAUGGUGGAGAAAUUCAUUCAGGAUGGUCGGAUUGAGGCUGAGGCAGAGGUUGAAAUGUAUCUCAUCAUACUUGAACUUCAGGGGAAAUACAAGGAGGCAUUGGAAGUGCUGUGCAGUCCUCUUGCAGACAAGAUCACAUCUCAGUCACAAGUUGUUCGACUCAGGCGACUGGAACUCCUCAAGAAGCUCAACAUGUGGCAAGAUCUCAACUGUUUCUACAAAGUUCUCAUCAAGGAAAAUCCACAUCAAUGGUCCUUUUAUGAAGGAUACUUCAGUUCCUUGUUUCUUGUCAUGGAUAUGGUGAAUGGUAAUGGGAAUGUUGGAGUGAAUGAUGUGAACCACCAUCAAAAUGAGUGUGAGUGGAAUGCCAAUAGUAAUAAUAAUAACAUGAAUGCUGGACUUGGAAGGAUGGGGCCAGCCGCCAUGUUUGAUAGCAAUCCUUCUGAUGCCUUCACUUUCCUUAAUGAUGUCCUUGCAAAAUGCAUCCAAGAAAACAUGCCUAAUUGUCGGGCUCCCUACCUGGCUCGCAUUGAGUUCUACCGUCAACUCAAGGCUCGCAAGGAUUUUGAUGCCCUCGGCCGACUUGGCAAAGAGACCUAUUGUGAAGAUUCUUCUUAUACAGAUUCACCACUUGAUCUGCUCAUCAAUUAUGUGAGGAAUUUUGGAGAUAAGCCAUGUCUCUACAGUGACCUACAGUCAUACGUAGACCUUUUGGACAAGGAAGAUGUUUCUCGCUUCCUGGGGGAAGUCACUUUGUGCUUGGAGCAACAUGAUGCUUCUCUCACCAUCAGGGAUACUUUUCGACACCAGAAUGAGGUGAUGCUGAAGCGUCGACUUGGAAUGUAUGAAGAUUCAUCAGCAGAAGAACUGGAAGAACUCGUUAGGUAUCUCAUCGGAUUCCAGAAGAAGACACAAAAUCUCAACCAAGGUCUCCUGCCCACUGACUUUCGAUGUAAUGACUAUUACAUCCUCCUUGCAUGCCACAUGCUUGUUGAUGCAUGGAAGAAGACAGGAGAUGAACGCCACCUCAUCAGGGUGCUCAUCCUCCUAGAAACUGAAGUCAUGGAUUCCCCUGCCAACUAUCAGUACAAACUUCUCCUAUGUCAGGUCUACAAUCUUCUAGGUGAGUCCUGCACUCAUACCCAGAUCCCUCACUUCCUUCUGAUAUUGAAGAAAAUUUAUGAUACUCUAGGUGCUAUGGAGGGUACUUUAAAGUGGUUUGAAGGAUUGGAUGUGAAGCAUAUCAUGUGGGAUACUGUGAGUCACCUGUUGACACGCCAUGUUGCAGCCCAAGGCCAUUUUUCCUCGGCUGUAUCUGUCUUCUCCUCUGUUCUGAAGUUUUUCACAGCCCAUAAUCAUGAUAGCCUGGAGUAUUUGAUCUCUGCUUACAAGUUUGGGUCAUUCCACAAGAUCCAGGAAUUCAUGCGAUUCCGAGAGCGUGUCCGGGACUCCCACACCUUUGCCUUGGUUGUCUUGGAAAACAUGAUGCUUGACCUCCUCUUAGAAUCUGAGAGCCAUGCAUCCACAGCUCAGGUACUGUAUGAUGAUUUCCUCAUUGUGUUUGUGGAUCAGCUCAUUUAUCUGUGUCAUACAUUGGAGAUGGACCCUGAGGAUGAGAGUGCAUGUGCAGAGGAUCUCUGGGAUAAUCGGGACUUUUCUACAAUGCUCGCUUGGGAUUCAUCUCACAAAGAUGGACAAGAAACAUGGCAGGAAGAUAGCUAUCGCUGGGAAAUGGAUUUGAUCAAGCUUCGAAGCAUCACCCUGAGAUGUGUUCUUGCAGCCUACCAGAUGCUAGAGGAGGGAUCCUCUCAAGUUCAAGUCCCUCGACACCAGAUUCUUCAGCGCCUUGCUGCAUCCUUGAAGACCUUCAUGGAUGGCCUCAAGACUCAGGAUCUCAAUCAAAUGGUACCGGUGUUAAUUGGGGGAUUCCGUCCACGUCUGUGCGUCUUUGCCGAUCGACCUGACCUCAUCCUCUCCAUUGUGGAUGCUAUUGAUUGUGUCCUGUGCAUCCACAAUCACGUCUUUGCUGCUUCCUCGCCUGAUAGUGAAGGGGGUGGAGAGAGGAAUUCCCAGCACUUGCAGCUUGACCCAUGCAGAGACUUGUGCAUGAGGCUUGCAAACAGCAUCACAUGGGUCAAUGACCGUCUUGGGGAUCCACAGUUCCUCGAGUCACUGGUCUUCCGACAACGAGCAGUCGAGGAACUCGUAGACCUCUGUGAGGUUUUGUCAGUUGUGAUUGUGCUCUGUGAUGUUCUCAUUCAUCUGCUAAAACCUUACAAGACUUCCCUAGUAAAGAGAAGCAAGAAACGGAAGAAAGAGCUCUGUCUUCCACCGGUGUUUGGCGAGGUGGAAAGUCAUGUAAAAAAUGUGAAGGUUGAAGUGGAAAGGUUAUUGGAAUGUGUGGGAAAGGUAGAAGGGGAGGUCCUGGCUCGGGAUCUCUCUGAAUUCCUGGCUGAUGUCAGCUUAAUUACAGACAAUCGCAAGCCUUCCGGUGCCACACAGGCCGUCCUCUCCAAAAUCCUCAACAGCUAUGACACCUCCUUCAAAGAAAUCAGGACGGUUCUUCAAAAGAAACUGAAAUAUCUUUCCUCACUCACACUGUGAUGUCAUCUUCAUCAUUUUGCCUCCUCAUUUCUUUUUUUCUUCAGUUUCUUUUCUCAUUUUUUGUAUGUUUUUCGUGGUUGAAUGUUGAAUUUUUUUUACAUCUUUAUCAGUCCUCAUUUGGCUUCCAUCUUAUUGAUCCAUGGUGCCGAACUGAACGAUUGGGCAUUUCCUGAAGUGAGACAUGAAUGAAAGGCCUUGGAUUUGGCCAGAAAUCAUGAGGGAGCAUAAUAAAAGAGAGCUGGCAUUC